GUGAGCAGUCAGCAGCGAUGAUUCAUCUGUGUAUUAUAUGUUAACCAGACGCUCGUUAUUUGCAAUUGCCUUCUCUCUGCAGCGAGAGAGUCCCCGGUUGUAUGCAGUGCGUGUCGCGGUUGCUACGCGCUAAUUCACCACGCCUCUGCAGGCCCAGUACCCCACCAUUCAGUUAUCCCACCAAGCCCGCCCGCUGCUUUUCCGCCACACCUACCCACUGCAAGUUCGUCGUCCCCAAGCGCAAGCAGCAGGUCACGAUGCCGAGCGAUAUGACCACCUACAAGGGCAAGCCCUUCGACCGGGCUUCGCUCGAGUCCGUCAUGAAGCGCCGCCUCUUCUACACACCCGCCUUCGACAUCUACGGCGGCGUCUCUGGCCUCUACGACUAUGGCCCGCCCGGCACCGCCCUCACAAACAACAUCGUCGACGUCUGGCGGAAGCACUUUGUGCUGAAGGAGAACAUGCUGGAGGUCGACACCACCAUGCUGACCCCCCACGAAGUCCUCAAGACGUCUGGCCACGUCGACAAGUUCGCCGACUGGAUGUGCAAGGACCCUAAGACGGGCGAGAUCUUCCGCGCAGACCACCUUGUCGAGGAGGUGCUAGAGGCCCGACUGAAGGGCAACAAGGAGGCCCGUGGCGAGAAGGUGGAGGCUGAGGAGGACGAUCCCAAGAAGAAGAAGAAGAAGGUCAAGAACAUCGCCGUUGUCAAGCUGGACGAUGCUCUUGUCACCGAGUACGAGGAGACCUUGGCCAAGAUUGACAACUACAACGGCGAGGAGCUUGGUCUGCUCAUGAAGAAGUACGACAUCAAGAACCCUGCGACCAAUGGCGAGCUUCAGCCCCCCGUCGCCUUCAAUCUCAUGUUCCAGACAACCAUCGGCCCCUCGUCGAACAUGCCCGGCUACCUGCGCCCCGAGACCGCUCAGGGUCAGUUCUUGAACUUUGCGAAGCUCCUCGAGUUCAACCAGCAGCAGAUGCCCUUCGCCUCCGCCUCCAUCGGCAAGUCCUUCCGCAACGAGAUCUCCCCGCGAGCCGGCCUCCUCCGAGUACGAGAGUUCUUGAUGGCUGAGAUUGAGCACUUUGUCGACCCCGAGGGUGGCAAGAAGCACCCUCGUUUCGAGGACGUCGCAGACGUCGAGCUCGAGCUGCUUGAUCGCGACGUCCAGCUCUCUGGCAAGACCACCAUCAAGACCACCAAGAUUGGCGAAGCAGUCAAGUCCGGUAUGGUGGACAACGAGACACUUGGUUACUUCCUUGCCCGCAUCCAGCAGUUUCUGCUCCAGAUCGGUGCCGACCCCAAGAAGAUCCGCUUCAGACAACACAUGGCCAAUGAGAUGGCCCAUUACGCCGCAGACUGUUGGGAUGCCGAGCUGCUCACAUCGUACGGCUGGAUCGAGUGCGUCGGUUGUGCCGACCGCAGCGCGUACGAUUUGACUGUCCAUAUGAAGAAGACUGGUGCCCCGCUCGUCGUCCGCGAGCCGAGGAAGGAGCCCCUCAAUGUCGAGGAGUGGGUUUGCGAUAUCGAGAAGAAGAAGUUCGGCCCCAAGUUCAAGAAAGACGGCAAGACCGUUGAGAAUGCCAUCGAGGCUCUCACACAAGAUCUGCGUGAGAAGUUGUCUCUGGAUCUCGAGAAGGACGGUAAGAUCGUCAUUGAUGUCCCGGGUGUCGGUGACGGCAAGGUCGAGGUUCCCCAAGAGCUCAUCAAGAUCGAGAAGCGUACAAGAGUCGAGCACGUCAGGGAGUACACACCCAACGUCAUCGAGCCGUCUUUCGGUAUCGGCCGUAUCGUCUACGCCCUUUGCGAACACACCUACUGGACACGCGAGAAUGACGAUGCGAGAGGCGUCCUGUCUUUCCCUCCCACAGUAGCCCCUACCAAGGCGCUCAUCGUACCAUUGAGCUCGCACGCUGACUUCAAGCCAUUCGUGCGCACACUUGGUGACAAGCUGCAAGAGGCUGGCGUCUCGACUCGUGUCGACGACUCUGGCGCCUCCAUUGGAAAGCGUUACUCGCGUAAUGAUGAGCUUGGCACCCCUCUUGGUAUCACCAUUGACUUCCAGUCCGUCAAGGACAACACAUUCACCCUGCGUGACCGUGACUCAACAGAGCAGGUCCGUGCUGGCCUCGAUGAGAUCGUCGCCGCUAUUGUCAGUCUUGUCAAUGGCAAGGAACAGUGGUCAGACGUCGCUGCCCGCCUGCCCAAAUUUGAGGGUCAGGAGGUUGAGGAAUGAGUUACACAAGCGAAGCAUGCACAUGAAGACAUGAAGAUUCGGACCAAAGACGAGAGUCAAAAGUUGGGGAGAUACCCCUCAGCGUUCGUAGAAGGUGCAUUAGUGUGUGGGUACGAGCAGGUGAUUGAGGAGAGCGGGCUAGCCUACGUGCGCUCGCGUUGCACAAAUGCAAGCGAAAUAUUUGACCAAUGCAUGUACAGACCUGUUGAUGCGCUUCUCAUGCGUUGAUG